AUAAUUAACCAGUAAAAAUACUUAACUGGUAACACUGUAAAAGUAUUUAGCGUUGAUUCAGUUCAAUCUAAAGUAAUUCCAGGUGUAUUUCAGACCGGCAAUAUUUCAGGGCUGCAGGUUUUGAUUUUCAAUUGUUUAUGUUUGCUUUUAAAGUUUUGUGAUAUUUGCACAAAAGCCCCUACAAAAUGCCUUUGUAUUACUAUUAAAAUAAACAACCAAAAACUAGAUAAAUGUAAAACGAUCGUUUUUUGAUUCAUUGGGAACAAAAUGUUCAUAAUAACGGCUUAAUUUUCUAUUAUUUUUUUAUUUCAACUUGACUUCCAUAUAUUUAUAAUUUCACUUACCAUUUUAAAACUAACUGUACCUGGAAAUGAAUCCAAUCGACUGUGGAUCUCAAGAAUUUGGAAGGUUAGUUCAUUUUGAUCUGAAAGGUGCUCCACCAGUCAUAUCAUAUUAUGAACAGAUAUUUUCUAUACUGAAAAAACUGGGAGCUACUGGAAUUCUUAUGGAAUAUGAAGACAUGUUUCCAUAUGAAGGUGAUCUUCAAAUUGUUUGCCAGCCAGAUGUUUAUAGUAAGGAAGAAAUUGAAAGAAUCCAAAGUCUGGCUACUGAAAAUGGAUUAGAUGUAAUUCCUUUGGUACAGUCUUUUGGACAUUUAGAAUUUCUUUUAAAACAUGACAGAUAUUAUGAAAUACGGGAGAAUGAGCGUUAUCCUAACGCUUUAUGCCCCUCUCAUCCUAAAAGUGAAUCUGUUAUUUUUGACAUGAUCAACCAAAUACUUGACAGUCAUUCCAGUUCAAAAUUUAUUCACAUUGGUGCUGAUGAAGUUUGGCAUCUUGGCCAGUGUAUUAAUUGUAAAGAAAAAAUGGUGUCUCAAAAUUGGAAGAAAGAACAUCUUUUUCUUGAUCAUGUUACUAGAAUAGCACAGAAAAUACGUGAAAAGAACCCUGACAUUGGAAUAAUCAUUUGGGAUGAUAUGAUGCGGGAAAUAGAUAUUGAUAUUUUAAAAGCAUCUGAUAUUGGAAGUCUUGUAACUCCUAUGGCUUGGCAUUAUUUACCAGUGGAUGAAUUUAAACUCAAAAGUGCUCUUUGGGAAAAAUACUCUAAAGUAUUUCCAAAUAUUUGGAUUGCAAGUGCUUUCAAAGGUGCAACCGAAAUGACACAGAUAAUUACUCCUACCAGAUAUCAUGUUGCUAACCAGCAGGCGUGGCUUAAAAUGCUGGGAGACUUUGGACAUCUGUUUAAGAAGAUCAAUGGUGUAGCAAUCACAGGUUGGCAAAGAUUUGAUCACUAUACAGUUCUGUGUGAAUUAUUUCCGGUAGCUCUGCCUACUUUAGCUGUUUGUUUGUUAACAUUGACUGAAGGUGAGUUUAAUGAAAAGGCUCUCAAAACAGCAUCUUCACUUCUUGGAUUUCAAAAUUUAAUUGAAAUGGACACUUUUCCUCGGCCACAGCCAGUUGGUCCACCCCCACUUUUCCCUGGAGGAAAUAUCUACAAUAGCUGCUUGCAGUUAGCUAAUUGCAUUACAGAGUAUCAUAUAUUAAUGCAUCAUCCCAGCAUUGAAGGGGCAUUCAGCAGCUUUCAAAUUAUGCAUAAUCGAGUGAAUACCCUGCAUAUCGAUCAAUUUCUUCCUCGAGCUAGAAUUUUGUUAAUGAAUAUGGAAGCAAUUAAUGUUCAGCUUGAAAAAGAAUUGGCAAAAAUCUUCUACCCAAGCACAGUGAAAGAAUUCUUGGUGGUGAACAUCAAUCCUUUUCUUGAAAAGCUUCGCAAACUUGUAAGAGAUGCUGAUCAGCAAAUUAUAUUUCACUUACCACCAGAAGAAAUGCAGUCAAAUUCUAGUUGAUGCCUUUUUCCAAGCAUCUAUAUGUUAUUGCAAAAGCCUGAAGUCUGGCAAAUUCUAAGUUUUACUGAUAAAAUCUAGGAUUUAUCAAAAUGGCUUGGUAACUUCUAGUUUUUACUGCAAAGGCUUCAGAGUGAAAUGGAAUCAUAUUAAAGCAUACUUCUGACUUUUACCAAGCCAAUUUGGUAAAAGUUAGGUUUUACCAGUAAAGCCUAAGAAUUUCCAGAAUCUGGGUUUUUACUGUAAUAUAUACGAGUGGUAUUGAUAGCACCACUUGGUUUAUUGUUACCCCGAGUGCUAAUUAAUGUUUUUAAAAAAUUAACAUUUAUUUAAAAACAAAUUUAUUAUUUGUAAAUCUUCCUUUCUUAAUUCUAUGCAAAUCUAUUUAUUGUUUUUAACUGAAAAUAAAACAUUGUCAAUUUGUUAA